AUUUGUUCUUUACGUGUGUAGAUAAUUAUAAAAGUGCCGUUUAAUGUGAAACAUCGGAAUGCGUGUUGAUUUAAGAAUUUUAGAAUGCAUCUGAUAUAUCCAUAUCCAUAUCGGGGUCGAAUCUCGGAAAGGAUUUUUGGGUAUGUGCACCUUAUCCUGUUUGUGGUUUGGCCCAUCGAUGCAUUCCAGCCCAAUGUUUCACUCGAACACUGGAAGUUAUCUGAAAAUACUCUUCAUAAUAUGAUGCCGAUAGAUGUGCCUGAUACUUACUGCAAUAACAGGUCUAAAAAUGGAGUGGACAGGUGGCAUUGCAAGGGUGAUAAACUCCUUACGGUCCCGAACAAUCUCAAUAUCACAUACAAAUGGAUGUCUCUAACACUCAUCGAUGCUGGAAUCGAAGUUUUGACAAAACAAAGCUUAGGAUCGUAUACUGACUGUCUUGUAGAUCUAAACUUGGAACGUCUCCUUAAAUUUCACACUUUUGAGCCUGGGGUUUUUCAUAACGCUACUAAGCUUCGUGCCAUAUAUGUCGUCAAAGCCCCGAGUUUGACUCACAUAAGUGCAGAGGUCUUUAACGUGCAUCUACCUAGUUUGGAGUCUAUAAAAAUGACGCAUACUGGCUUACUCACGGUGCCAUACUUAGGAAAUCUGGUCACCGUUGGGCUACGGACAGUGGAUUUUGAGAACAACCCGAUACAUACAAUUGGGCUCUCCUUUAUUAAGAUCGCAGUAGAACAACUGUCACUCAACUUCAAUAAAAUCACUCAGAUAGGGAGUAAGGCCUUCAACGGUUCUACAAUUAUAAACAUGAGUUUUAGAGGCAAUACAGCGCUGACCAAAAUCCAUGCCGAUGCGUUUGUUGGUGUUAAAGAGCUUCAAAAAUUGGAUUUAUCUCGUACGUCAAUAACAACUCUGCCGACUAUAGGUCUGGAAACUCUCCAGAUUCUGAGAAUUGAGAAUACUAAGGCGCUUACAAAAUUUCCUUCUGUAUAUAACUUUAAAUCCAUUACAAAGGCAGUCCUGACCUAUCCUUAUCACUGCUGCGCAUUUACAUUUCCAAAAGAACAUGAUCCUGUGAUGUACGAAAAACAGGAGAAGUUGGAAAACGACUCUAAAAAGAAUUGUUCGCAGAGGACCUUAAGUGAAACUUAUUCCAUCAAUAUAUUUAGUACUCAACACAAACCUGGCUUCAAACCUGGCAUCAAAUCAAGUCCCAUCCUUUGCGGCUGGGUGCCGAAAGAUUAUCGAACCGUAACUUGCGAGCCAAUGCCAGACGCAUUUAAUCCAUGUGAGGAUAUCAUGGGACAUUGGGCACUUAGAAUUGUGGUUUGGCUGGUGGCAACUCUAACUAUAGCUGGAAAUUUGGCAGUUCUAAUUGUCCUGGUCUUUUCAACGUUUGGCUUCACGGUGCCCAAAUUCCUUAUUUGUAAUUUGGCAUUUGCUGAUCUUUGUAUGGGUAUUUAUUUGGCACUCAUCGCCAUCAUGGACAUACAGACAAUCGGGGUGUAUUUCAAUUAUGCCAUUAACUGGCAAAAUGGUGAGAAUUCAGGUUCAGGUUGUCGGAUUGCAGGAUUUCUCACUGUGUUUUCAACGGAGUUGAGUAUUUAUGCAUUGGCUAUAAUAACAUGCGAGAGGUGGUACACCAUUACUUAUGCUAUGAACCUCAAUCGGCGUUUAAAAUUGAAAACUGCAGUCACAAUUAUGGCCAUCGGUUGGCUCUAUGCUUGCAUUAUGGCGGUACUACCACUGGUAGGCGUUUCUGGAUAUGAGAAAACAAGCAUAUGCUUGCCCCUGGAGAACAACGAUGUCGUAGACUUUGCGUAUCUAGUCAGCUUACUGAUAUUCAACGGCCUAGUUUUCUGUGUGAUAGUUGGCUGCUACGGACAUAUGUAUGCAUCUGUACGUAGUGCUCAAGACGUUACACCAAUGACUCAUUCCGAUAUGUCUAUGGCCAAAAGAAUGGCCCGGCUAAUUUUCACGGAUUUUGCCUGCUGGUCACCGAUAGUCUAUUUUGCCAUUACAGCCCUCGCUGGUAGGCCGAUCACAGUCACGCAAACUAAGAUACUACUGGUGUUUUUUUACCCAUUGAACAGCUGUGCCAACCCCUACAUCUACGCUCUACUUACCCAUCAAUAUCGUAAGGACAUUUUUGCGCUACUUGCUCGUCAUGGUAUUUGCAAGGCUACCGCAGCAAAGUAUAAAUGCACGAACUAUAUAGUAACCGCCCGACAAUCCAAAAACGAUUGCCAGGAGUCUCGGGAAACUCUUGGAGAAUUGAACGAGUCUUCAAAUCCUACGAAUCAGACAUACUGUACCUCAGCACUGACUAUGGUGAUGACUACGGAUCUGAAAAACACGCUCAACGGUUCUGAGCAAAUACCAAAGAAUAAUUGUACUAAAAUAAGUGCAAAUAAUUGCCGAAAGACUGGGCCCAUCAAUGCAACCUUGCAGGAGGCUCAAGUGGGAAGUGUUACCCCAAAGAACGCGGACGAUGGCGAUUGUAUAAUUCGUCCCUCCGAUUCUAUUAAACCGGAAUCAAAGCGGCAAUAACUAUAACACAGCAGUAGAAUUAUUUCAUUUUUUUGUUUGUUGUUACUGAAAUUCGAGACACAUCCGAAAUUGCAGACAUUCUGUACUGCAAAGUCAUCCUGUAAGUUGAAUAAAUUAAUGCCUUUCAUAUACAUGUCAACAACAUGGAGUAUUCAAAUAAAUCAUAUAUCAAGAUAGGACUGAAAUCGUUUAAUUGAAAGUCUUUGUACAGAAAACAAUAAAAAUGAACAUAAAUUCAUUGCAAAUCACCAUCUCAUAUAUUAGCAUUUGAUGCAUAAUAGUGCCUAAUGCUACUCUAUAUGCUUGACAACUCCUAGACUUAUUUUCUCUUAAUACAAUAAACUUUUAUUCAUUUUUUUUCUUUAUAAUUAUCUAUUUAUGUUGUAAAAUUCUGCGGCUUUUAGUAUUAUAACUGUGUUGCACCAAUUGCCAUACAUUAUUUAUUAUUCACGAUGAUAAGAGUUUUAUCGGAAGGUAUUACAGGAUCUCUCUUUUUCCUGUAUUUUAUAAUUAUUUGUUCUCCCCUUCGUUCGCAUUAUUACCAUCGAUUUCCCAUCAUCGGUUUGUUUCGUAGAAUGUAAUUGUCCAACGGUCUCUGAUAAACGAUAACCAAUUUCUUACAUUUACUCAUUAAUCAAUAGCAUGAAUGAUCAUAAUGACAAUAAUAAUAAUAAUAAUAAUAAUAACAAUAAUGGCAAUAAUAAUAACAAUGGCAAUAAUAAUAAUAAUAAUAAUAAUAAUAAUAAUAAUAAUAAUAAUAAUAAUAAUAAUAAUAAUAAUAAUAACAUACUUUUAUAUCCUAUGUUCGAUAUACAAAACGAACCUGUUAUCAGUAUAAUACAUUAUUGAUUGAUUAUGUUUACAUUAUAAGUCUUUAAAUCUAUUGAUUAUACUCAUAUAUUUACAUAAGAAUAGCAAUAACAUAAAUAAAACGAAAGAAAUAUUUUUCGGCCGCGUUUGCAUAGCACACAAAAUUUCGGUCAUUAAAAUACUUUCGGGGACAACAAAUGUACUCUCAGUUAAGUAGUCCUCAAAGAGAAUAUGUAUAUGCAAACGCGAGAAAGAAGAUGCAGAUUUUUUUAAACACCCUUUACGGUUUGUGUACUUUGUUUUUCGUUUUAAUUUUGUUUGAAAUCAGAAUGUUUUAAUUUAUAUAAACAAAUAUACGUAAUUGUAAUUGCAUGUUUGCAUAUACAUAUAACGUAUAUUUAUUUCUUCAGUUACUUCAGAGCCUAAAUUGAAACACUGAACAUCUAAGAACUAGUUAAAAAAAAUUUAUAUUUUAAUAUGAUAAUAAUAAUAAUUAUUAGAGUAAGAACAAUAAUAGUAAUAAUAUGAUAAUCACAAUAAUAAACAACAAAAAUGGAUAUUCCGUAUACUCGCGGGUAUAUGAUUUUAUAAAUAUUCUACAUCAAUUCAGUAAUACAAAAACUACAAAUUCCCCAGGUUUUUUUUUCUCAAUACAUAAUAAAAAUAUUAAAUCGAAAACUGUAGUCUAUUGGCUAUUGAGUUUAGUAGGGUAGAAUAAGCAUUUUUUUUUCUUUAUUGUACUUGUACAGUUGUUACCAGUAAGCUGAUUACCAUGAUCGAUAUAAAUCAUAAAA